CAACUCAGUGUCAACUGAUGUGGUUGGAAGUUUGUUCGAGAAGGAAGAAUAGCAUGAUGAUGGUGACAAAAGUCUAACAGCUGCUGCUUUUACUGGGACCCAUUCGUUUGACAGUGUAUGGCGGAUUAUUAUUUAUGAGGUGAUCAGUUUUGUCAAAAUGUCGCAAGCAAGCAGGACGGAGGACGAUGAUGUCAGCAGCAACAACAAUAGUGGCCAUAUUGUGGUAGACAACUCGGAGAACAAUAAUGUAGAUGGCGCCGCCUUGUAUAACAAAGAGGAUGAUGAGGAAAAUCCAGAUCAAGAGGAUGUGUGGUUGACAGAAGAUGAAGACGAAGACGAGAAUUACACGGACGAGGAACCAGAGGCAGACUCGGCUUCGCUUGUUCGCAUGCCAGUGCCGGAGUCAGAACUGCCGGACACAGUCACGGUGCUAGAGAGGGGCGGUUGCAGGCUGUACCUGGUGGGCACCGCUCACUUCAGCAAGGAAAGCCAGGAGGAUGUGGCCAGGGUGAUACAGAUGGCCAAGCCGCACGUGAUCCUGGUGGAGCUGUGCCAGAGCAGGGUGAACAUCCUCAAGAUGGACGAGGCACGGAUCUUGGAGGAGGCGAAAAACAUCAACAUGAGCACCAUCAGGCAGCUCAUCCAGAGGAAUGGCGUGAUGCAAGGAGUCCUCAACAUCCUCCUCCUCAACAUGUCGGCCUACAUCACCAAGGAGCUGGGAAUGGCGCCCGGAGGGGAGUUCCGCACCGCCUUCAAUGAGGCAAGAAAGCUGCGUGGAGGCUGCCGGUUUAUCCUGGGCGACCGGCCCAUUCAGAUCACGCUGCGACGAGCCCUGGCCUCCCUCAGCCUCUGGCAGAGACUCAAACUGGCAUAUGCUAUCCUCUGCUCGAAAGAGCCCAUCACGAAAGAAGAUGUGGAGAAAUGCAAACAGAAGGACAUGCUGGAGCAGACGAUCGAGCAGAUGACCGGAGAGUUCCCUGCCCUUGGCCAGGUGUUUGUCAGCGAGCGAGACGUCUACUUGGCACAUUCUCUCCGCAAAGCCACGCAGCCUGUGCCCUGCCCAGAGGCUCCAGGAGGCGAGGUCCCAGCAGUGGUGGUGGGCGUGGUGGGGAUUGGUCAUGUGAAGGGCAUCACGGAGAACUGGCACAAGGAGCUGGACGUGGAGGAAAUCUGCCGGUUGCCCCCGGCGUCGAUGGCGUCUUCAGUUGCCAGAUGGGGUUUCCGUCUUACGGCGAUCGGCCUUCUGACCUACGGCUGCUACCGGGCCUCACGCCUCACUCUGCUUCCCUGGAUAUCCACCAUCAUCAAGUAGACCAGUCCGGCAAGGUUUCUUUAGGAGGCUAACGGCAAUUGUAACCCAUAAUGCAACAAUGACAAGGAUAGGAUUGAUGUAGAACGUUACGUAUUAUCGAAGAUGUUAGGGUGCAAGUGGGCCAACUCUAAAACUUUUUAAAACCUGAUUUUUGACUCUGUUGUGUAAAGCAGGGUCAAACACAUCAUCUCAAUAAAUGGUGGAAAAAAAUUCAACAAAUAGAAAAUAAAAAAUGUAUUGAAACUGACUUACUUACUCUCUCCCUAUACUGUCAGGUACACGAGGCAGAGAGCAGUUGACGCCACGCUUUGAAUGUUAGUCCCUGCCCACUUCAAUGUAUCGAAACAUUCCCAUAAAAUUUGAGUUGAAGUUGUCUGGAAUAGAAUAAUUUAAGUAAAGCCUCUCCUGUAAGGCUUUUCGGGAGCUGGCCCAGCUGUGCCCCGACAUCUUGGAUGUACAGCCGCACUAGGGUUAGGGCGGAAAGGUGUAUGGUUAAUGCAACAGUGACAGCAGUGAAAGUAGGGGAAACAGUGACAGCAGUGACAACAGUGACAGAAGUAACAGAAGUGACAGUAUUGACAGAAGUAACAGUAGUGACAGAAGUAACAGAAGUGACAGUAUUGACAGAAGUGACAGAAGUAACAGUAGUGACAGUAGUAACAGUAGUGACAGAAGUAACAGUAGUGACAGUAGUAACAGUAGUGACAGUAGUAACAGAAGUAAGAGUAGUUACAACAGUGACAAAAGUGACAACAGUGGCAAUGUUGACAGUAGUGACGUAGUGACAAAAGUGACAACAAGUGGCAAUGUUGACAGUAGUGACGUAGUGACAAAAGUGACAGUAGAAUAGUGACAGUAGUGUCAGCAGUGACAUAGUAGUGAUAGUAGUGACAGUAGGACAUUAGCUACACUGGUGACAGUAGGACUGGGACAGAAGAGAGAUGUUACCUCUAUUCUUGCAAUUUAUUCAAGUUCAAGUCAGGAAAAAAGAUGCAGAGAAGAGAAACAUGUGAUUGAUGCAACAACAGUAACUAUAGGAUUGUGGUGGGAAGUUGCAUGACUGUUGAGUGAUUGUUGAGUCGUUUUUUUGUUGUUGUUGUGUUUUCUGUCGUGAAGAAUGUUGAGAAGACUUUUGCUUGAGGCAGAGGAGUAGAGGGGAGGCAGGGGGAAAAUGUCUAAUUCUGAGCUUUUCAUUUGAAGACAGUGGGGGGGGGUGGUGUCACAGUUUUGUCAUUUUGAGAAGUCUUCGCUUUAACAGUAAGGUUUGGAACCUCAUAUCCUAACGAAGGAAAAGAAACUGUGUUUUUACAUGUCCCAAAUCUGAUCUUCCUUACUCUGUUUAUGAGAGUCUUUUUUCUUAAAUCAAAAACAUUUUCUAAACCACAGAUAAUUUCAAAGCAAUUCAAAGGCCCAAAAUAUUCCACUUUAUCAGUUUUCCAGUGUAUUGGUAAAUCGGUAAAAAUCGUCUAAUCUUUCCCUUUUCAAGCUCAGUCUCAUUUCAAACUAGACCAGGUGCUCUAGUCAGGUAAGGAGUUGUAAUUUAUCA